AUGUCUCUCUUCUAUGGGAAAUGUAUAUACGGAUCGCCUGCUACCAACCCUGUUAGAUCGUUUUAAUCAUCCUACUUCGAAGGCAAGAGGAAGUGAAUACCGACUCAAAUUAGGCGAGGCUAUCAUGCGCAUUAUCAAACAGUGUGGUGAGCUUGCUGUGAAAUAUCGUCACCCCAUAAUAUCCUCUUUCGCCAUUGCUGCCCGGGAUCCUGAUUUUCUUGUUAGGGCUGCCAGUCUCUCAAACUUAAGUGAGCUCUGCAGGUUAUUGCAGCACGGAAUUCUGCCAAUCAUUUACGAGGUUUUCACAUUGAUUGAAUAUCACUUGACUUACGAUCCAGAGGUCCGUGUUCGUCAGAGCGCUGCCAACCUGGCACGAACACUUUUCACCACAGGAGAUGGCAUCUCUUCUGGAUUACCAAAGUGGCUCCCUCCCGAUCUCAUUCGUGAUAUUUAUCGCAUUCUUUCAAGUAGGCACCAAACGGAAAGGUCGGAAGAAGUGCUUGAGCAAAUCGAAGCAGCUUUAGGUGCAAUCGAUCAGCAGACACGGCACUCGGUAUUCCCCUCUGAUAAUAGAGUUAAUCUUGUCAAAAAACUCUUUAUCUUAAAUCCACCUGAAACUUGA